UUUCAGGUUAUUCUUUACAGCUACUUUAGAAGCUCUGCAUCUUGGAGGGUCAGAAUAGGUACAUUUAAUUUAAAAUUAGAUCGAACUUCAUAAAACUUAUUUACCCCACAUAUGAAUAUUAAAUGAAAUGGAACACUUAAAAUUUAUAAUUUUGUGCACUUUAUCAAUGUGAGUUUCCUUGUUUAUGAUUAUACAUAUAAAAUAAUAUUAAAAGAUAAUGCACAAUAAAUUAGACAAGACUGAGUUAAGAGUUAAGAGGAAUCGUGAAAAAAAUGUUAUUUUUAAAGACAAUAUUUGAUAAUUUAGAUAAAAUAAAUUUAUUCACUGUUUAUUGUUUCCUAUUCCUUUUUUUAAAAAACUAGCUUUAGCUUUGAAAAAUAUAAAGUAUGAAUAUGUUGCUGUUCAUCUUGUCAAAGAUGGAGGACAACAGGUAAGGGACCUAACUCAAGUGACUUAUCAAUUUAAUAUUUAAUAUGAAAAAUAAGUUAAUAAUUUUUACAUUUAACUCACAUUUAUAAUGUUUUAAGUACAUUGUAUUUUUAAAAAAAACAUGGAAUAAAUUAACAUAUUUCCAUCAAGUAUUUGCAAAGACAUUGUUAUGUUUUUAUUUAAAACAAGUAACAUAAAUAUACAUAAUUACAAGUUCUCAAAAGUGUUGACUUUCUGCUUGCGAAAACACUCUCUGACUGCAGUGUCUCUGCGCAUGCGCGCUAUUUGACCUAGUCGGCUAUCGGGAUGGUUCCAGUCCGCUAGUCCACCAUAACACCUCCCCGAACAAUUACAAGUCCAGUAACAAUGGUGCUCAACGUUGUCUUUGCGAUCUCCUGGGAAUGACAUAGUCUGAAGGUUUUGACUGACGAGGGUUAAUCUUCUUCUUAGGUGGCCUUGGAGUUGCUGGAUGUGUAGACGGUUGAUGACUCAGGGCUUCCUGAGCUGUUGGAAAAGACUUCCUGUCAUUAUAUCCAAACCUGGUUCUGAAUCUUCUUCUGCUCCGUACCUGGGGCGAAGUUGGUCUAAAUGUCUCUUCCAUGUGGGACCAUUUGGAUAAAUCUUCACCUUGAAAAGACGUGGACCCAUAACUUGGAUGAUUUUACCGGGAGCCCAUCGUGGUUUAGAGUCUGUUGCUGUUCCAUAUACUCUGACGUAACAUGGAUCUCCCUUGUUAAAUGAUCAACUAGGACUUCUAUUUGUCCCAUUGAGGAUGGCUAUUUCUUUAAGAUGUUGUCCCCGUGCUCAAUGAGCAGGAGAGGGAACUAGGUGAUAAUCCACUAGCCAAUGGUGUCCUAUGAUACUGACAUAGAAAGUCUUUUAGAGAUUCCUUUAGAGGUAAUGAGGAUUUCUAUAUUGAUCUCUUGAAACUUUGAAUCAGUCAUUCGGGCGCUCCAUUUGUACCAGGAUAAUAGGGAGCAUCUGUGAGAUGUACGAUACCCCUCUCUUUACACCAAUGCUGAAAUUCUUCCGAGAUGAAGCUAGUAGCAUUGUCACUGACUAUGGGGUGUGGAUAGCCGAAAUGAGCAAAAUCUUCUUCCAGAAGAUCAAUGGUGGCUUUGGUCGAUGUAGAUGUUGUCCUGUGGAUACACGGAUACUUUGAAUAAGCAUCUAUCAUCACCAACCAAUGUGAUCCUUUAAAGUUAAUGGCAUGGUCGAUAUGUACUCGACUCAUUGGUUUUUCUGUCAACAUCCAUGGGUGGAUAUUUGCUUUGUUUGGGUCUCUGGCAUGUUCUGCACAUGCCUGGCAUGUUUGACCUAUCUCCAUGAUUUGAGUAUCAAGUCCGGGCCAAUAUACAGACGAUCUUGCUAACUGUUUCAUUCGCUCAAUUCCAAAAUGUCCUGUAUGCAUGAUUUGGAGAACCUGAGCUUGUAGUAUUUUUGGUACCACAAUUCUUGAACCAUAAAGCAGACAAUUCGACUCCACGGAGAGUGAGUCUUGAAUAUUUUUAAAAGCUGCAAUAUUAGCUGCAUCCUUUUUCAAGUGCCCUCUUGACAAUAUCUCAUAACUGUUGACACAGUAGAAUCUUUAAGUGACUCUUUAGCAAGGACUCCUGGGUCUGUUGGUCUGAUCUGUAAACUGAUUUGUUUGAUCAUACAUACAGAAUCCAAGUCUGCUUCACUUUCUUCACCAUCAAAAAUGUCAUCUGGCCCUGAGGCUAGACGACUAAGAGCAUCUGCAUUUGCAAUGUUGAGUUGACUUACGGAUUUGUUCAUCAGCUUUAGUCAAAGAUUUUUUAUUACCAAUGUGAUUUAUCUUUGUUUGAAACCGUGUGUCUAUUGACACCCUGAGGUUCUCUAUUGCGGUUCUUCCCAACAAAUUUAAGUUGUGGUUUUUCACUGCUACAAAUGACAGAUUUGUAGUUAUUUCCCCUGCCUCAGCAUGUAUCUCAACUCCUCCCAAAACAUUAAGUAGGUCACCAGACGCUGACUCGUACUUAACAGAUACUGGGCUCAAUGUUGGUUGUCCCAGCUUUCACCAAACAGAUUCAGACAUAAAAUUUUCUCCGGCUCUAGUGUCAAUUUCAAAUGCAAACCUCUUUCCUUCUAAAAUGAGUUCUUGAAUAAUGGGUGGGAUAGUUUUUAUUUGGUUUUGCCUUCUUAUUCUUUUUAGAUGAAUCGGUUCCAGAUGUCCUCUCUUGUGGCAAAAGUGCCAGAUCAUGUGUUUAUACUUGCAGAUAUUUCCUUUAUGGCCUGUACCUCCACACCUGCCACAAGUUCCACUUGGAAAAUCCUGUCUUUGAGAUGGAGAAAAUUUCUCUGCUGUCUGAUGUUGCUCAUUUCUUUUUGUCUGAACUUUAUUGAUAGGAGUUUCAUCAUGGACUGUUUCUUUGGCACGUUUCGCUGCCACCUCUGUUUCAACAGCUAUUUCUACUGCCUGUCAAAUGACAGUUCCGUGUCCUUCAUCUGAAACAAAAUUUUCAAUACAGCCUCAUUCUUUACAGAGCAUAUGAAUCUUGUUCGUAAAGCUUCAUCUAGAGGAUUUGUGAUAUUACUAAACUCACAAGUGGCUGCAUCUUGUCUUAUCCUAGCUGCCAAUUCUUUGAUUGUCUCCCCUGGUUUCCUACUUGAAUCAGACCAAAAUGUGAAUCUUUCCCUGAUCACAAAUUUGGUAGGAUCAAACUGAUCCAUCAUCACCCCAUAUACUUCUUCCAUGCUUAAAUCAUUUAAGUUUUGUGGUGGUUCUUUUUGUUGUACGCAGGUUGACAACAGUUUAUGGAGUUCUGGCAUUUGGCUAGUUAAAAAAAUUUGUGCCUGCCUUUCCUUUGGCACAUUAUUUGCCAACACGAAGAUCACAUAUCUAGCGCAGUAGUCUGUGAAUGUUUCCUCGUUACUAUUGAAACUUGUAAACUUCAUAUUAGUAGCCGUAUGACCUGUUGCUAGUUUCAACAAUAACUCAUUCUGCUGAAUCAGUCUUUGGAUGAUGUCCAUUUGGGUCAGAUUUGACUCCGCCAUUGUGUGCAUCGGUAUACCUCUUCCGUCACUGGUGUGUGUAAGUCUAUCAGUCGGUUUUUCUGAGUUGUACUGAGUUUUAUAGUGAGGUAAUACUGACCAUCAUACUGUGUCGUUGAUACUGGCCACCAUUUGUUAUGUUUUUAUUUCAAACAAGUAAUAUAAACAUAAAUAUACAUAAUUACAAGUUCUCAAAAGUGUUGACUUUCUGCUUGCGUCCGGAACACACAGUCCAUUAACACACUCUCUGACUGUGUCAAGUGUUGUCGCCUUAACUGUUCCUUUUGGAAGCUUGUUCCAGUCCCUGAUUGUCUUUGGCAAGAAUGAGCAGUUCCUGUACUUUGUUCUUGCUGUUAUGAGCCGGAACUGCCUGUCAUGGCCUUGUUGCUGUCUAAUGGGGGAGAGAGACGAGUUUCAAUUUAAUGCUGGAGCAGCGGACCAGCCCAUUUUUUAUCUUGUACAUCAUGGAGAUCCUGGAUAAUCGUCAUCAUUCCUCCAAAGGUGACCAGCCCAGUGUUUAUAGCCAACACUAGAGGUUCCUGUAGCAGUUCAGGACAAAGCGUGUUGCCCGUCUCUGGACUGCCUCCAACCUAUCGAUGCUCCUCUGGGUGAAUGGGUCUCAAACUGAAGAAGCAUAAUCUAAAAGCGGCCGGACAAAGGCUUUAUAGGCUUUUUCUUAGGGUCUUGUUUGCCUGGUUGCACAAAUUGUUAAAAUGCUUGUCCCAACGGACCUCUUCUCCAUGAGCACGGCAUGGCUGUUUUAAUAAGUUGAAUUUAAGUCUCAGUGUAAAAUUAAUUUAAAAAAUACUGUACAAAAAUUUUUUUAAUUAACCAUAAUACACCAUUGAUAAGGAUCUGGACUUGGAUCCAAAUACUAGACUACAAUACUGCUGCAUAUCUAAGACUUGAAGUGAAUCCACUCUGACCUCCUAUCAAAGCUUCUAGUUGUCUAUGUUUAUGAUUCAUCUGCCACACACAGUAAAUGCCAGCACGCUGUACAAAUAUACACAGCUCUUCCUUAAUAAAUAAUCUGUGCUACUAAUAAGUAUAAUAUAAAUAAAGCCACAUGUAACUCUAAAGACCUUAGUUACUUAUAGGACAUUCUCCACAAACUCAUUUAAUAUUCUUUUAUUACUCGCUUAACAAAAAAAAACUGUUCAUUGCAGACACAAUGUUCCUCUUCUUCCUAAAGUUCCUGAAAGUCAUGUAGAUUUAACAUACCCCUAACAUUCUCUCUCUCUCAUAUUAAGUUUUACGUCUGAUCACCCCAUUUGUCAUCGUGACGUGUUGCUUGAUAUUGUCCAUCAUCCAAUCAUAUUAUAUACCUCUGAAUAACACUCAGACUCACAGCUCAAGACCUGACGCAACGUACAUUCUUAAACACAGUGAUUCUCAUUACUUGACAACUAUUCUUUUAACAUCAAAGAGGUGCUUAUUAUAUUUCAGUGUACUGCGGACAUUUUAAUUAUCUUACUUUGUAAAUUAUUUAUUAUUUUAUAUUUAUAUUAUAGAACAAAGAAGAAUACAAGCGACUUAAUCCCAUGCAGCAAGUUCCAACCCUUGAAAUUGAUGGUCAUACUUUAACCCAGUCCGUAAGUUUUUUUAAAAUAAAGUUAAGGUUUAAUAUCUGAAGUCAAUUUACUUAAUUGUAAAAAAAAAAAAAAAAUAUCUUUUACUUUUAGUGAGUAAAUUCUUUUGAUUAAUUACCAUGCAUUUUCUAGAUCAGUUAUCUUUUAAUGGUUUUCCUUAUUAGUAUUACACAGACAGCCUACAAUUUACGAUGGGGUUAUGUUUCUUGCUAUUUUAGGUGUCAUAUUAGGCCGUCCUUAUCUUUUGUUUUUUAAGUAAAGCUCAUUAGUAAAAAUCAUAGGGCCACCAUUUUCUUUGCUUUAAAAAUUGUGUUCAGAUUAAAAUCCCAUAUUAAGUACAAUCUUUUGAAAUGGACCAAAAACUCUACUUACAGCUUCCCAUCAUUGAGUACUUAGAAGAGAGAAGUCCUGAGCCUCCACUUUUGCCUAAAGACAUAUUUGGUAGAGCCCAGGUAUUAUUGUUUACACUUACCAUUCAACUAUAAUGUUAUAUUAAUAACUAAAUUCCUCAAAUCUCUUUUAGUCUAUAAAAAAUCACCCAUGUCAUGUACAUAACAUUUCAAAGUGGAAGUCAAGUCUCUGAAGUCAGCAGAAUCAUUUAACUGGAGAAGUUUUUAACUUUUGUUCUUUCAGUAUAAAGACCAGUAUGCUGCCCCUAUUGUAAAUAAAACAUGUGCUUCUUUGUUUAUAGGUAAGAGCCAUCUCAGAGGUUGUCAAUAGUGGCAUUCAGCCACUCCAGAAUCUCUCAGUACUGGAGAAAAUUGGUGAUGGAAAAGAAGAAUGGGCAAAAUUUUUUUUAGAGAAAGGACUUAAAGGUAACUUUGAUCUAUGUAACAUUUAAAUCUAAGCGUUCUUAAUCCAGUUGAUUCUUUUAAGUUAACAUAUAUUUCUUUUUAUCUUUUUUUUUUCAGGCCUUUAAUAUAAACCUGAUAGAUCAAGUUAAAAGAUGCUAUAAUUAUAUUAUAAUGUAUUAACUGCGUAUUGUAUUAAUUAAAAUAGACCUACAGACUUGUAAUCACUGUUUCUUUCAGACAUCUCUCCAGAGAUGCACUCCCACCCCUCCCCCCUCAGAAAGUCAACUGCCCCCUCGGAGAAAAAUGUGUAAAACAAAAAUAUAUUUUAUAAAAAUAACUAAAUUGUCAUUUUUUAUAACAUUUUUAAAAAGAAUAGUUACUGGUACUUCGAACUGAUUACCUAUGACCUAUGAAAUAUAGAUAUGCUAGAUAUAUUUUUGAUUAUUCAUAUAUUUAAGGAUAAUCUUGUUAGAGGAUUACAGAAUUCGAUUAUAAAUAUCCUAUUGUUCCGAAAAUUGGCAGCUCCCAAUUUUAAGUCGGAGGCUUACUUCCUGUUGUUCGCAUAUAUCUGUAUUUUUAUUUAUUUAUUUUUUGCAGCUUCACAAGUUUAAGGACUGUAAUGACCCUCUAUUUUGACAAACAUCUCUUUUCAAAUUAUUUUUCAUCAUAAAAGCUUGGCUUUGAAACUAGGAAUGUAAUUAAUUAAUUACAUGAUGGCAUCAUGCUUUAACAAAAUAUAGUAAUUAGCAUAAUUUUAAAUGUACUUGAGCUGAAUAAAAUGAAAGCUUUAAAAAAUUAUUAUUUUAAUUAAAAAAUCCAUCAAUUAUUUUUCAUUUGUAAGAAUUUGUGUUUUCUUUCAAUGUGCUACUUUUGUAACACAUUUCCCUGAAUAACAGAGUUUUAAAAAAAUACUUAGCCUAUAUUUAUGAAAUUCUCUGUGUUUCUGUUUUUAAUAUUUAUUUAUUUAUUUAUUUAUUUUAGGCAUUUUUAUAUAGCGCUUACCUUAAAGCUCUAAGCGCUUUACAAUUAUUAAAAACAUGUAAACUAACUAAAAUAAAAAUGAGACAUUAGGAUAGUAACUACUAUACUAUAGAAACAAUUAAAAUUAAUAUCAGAAUAAUAAACAAUUUGCCCCACCUAUUUGCAUGGAUUUUUAAAAAUAAUUUUUUUUUAGAUGGGAAUCUAGUAGCAAGCUAAAAAAACAUGCCAAUCAAUGUGACAGUUCAGGUAUGAAUCUAAGCUAGUGCCAAAUGAUUACCCUUGGUCUCAUCCCAAUCGGAGUGAAUUCAGUAAUGUAUGGCACUGGGUGCCAUAAUGCCUCUCCUGGACGCUUGAAAAACUCCCUUCCCCGAUCAAACAGUCUAAUAGAAACACUGAAUUCAGGUAUACGCCAAAAUGCAUCUCUUGAUUUUCAAGGGAGGGAAUCCCCAGACCCUUCGAGAGCCAUCAGUGCCCUCAAUUUCUGCCCUACUUCCUGAAAAAAAAAUGACAGUAUAGCUGGCGCUGGUCACUAAUUUUGGUGCUGAUAGCACUGAUAGAUACACCGCCUAGUGGAGUAGCUAGUGUUAGUGCCACCCUGGGCGGGCCAAAAUUUAUGUUGCACUCCCUUUAACAGAACAUUGCAGUUUUCAUAAAAUGCCGCCGCUCCAUAUAAAAAAAAGUGACACCUUGGCGGACCACCCCAUCCGACCCCCUUGCAGAGGCAGAGCUAGAAUGUUUCGCUCUGGGGUGCAAGAUUCAUUUUUUACACCCCCUCCUCCCACAACUCUGAAACCCUUUAUUUUCAUCCAUUACAUACUAUCACACCCCCUUCGGCACCCCCCUAGUACGGAGCAUUUAGACAUUUGUCCCCACCCCACCCCUUAGCUAUGCCUCUAGUUUUAAAGCCCCCCCCCCCCCCCCCCAAAAUCUGAAAAACCCCCUCAUUGGAAAUUGUCUCAAAGAAACACUGUUUGUUAUAUUUGUCAUAGUUUUAAUUGCUAUUUUUUUGUUUUAGCCCUUGAAGCCAUGCUAGAGAACACAGCAGGCCAAUAUUGUUAUGGAGACAGUGUUACAAUGGCAGAUCUUUUCUUAGUUCCUCAGCUUUAUAAUGCAAAAAGGUAAACAUUUUAAUUACUGAUUGAUUGAUUUUAUUAAAAGAAUAUCUGGUAUUGUCCCCAAAUAUGGACAAAUAGCCAGGUGGAUUUGAAUUGUUAGUCCAACAAGAGAGGAAGGCUGAAAUAUACAUGGACACACGGGCUAGAGAUAGACAUAUCAAGUUUGGGUUUACACCUGGAACCAACUGGAAAAAAAUGCACAGGACAGAGACGAAUGAAAAACACUGGCAGACGAUCUAUGACCUGGGGGUGGGGGGGGGUGUAAAAGGCGUAAUUAAUUAAGUAAGACUGCUAUCCUUGGGAUAAAAGUAAGCCCUGAUUAAAAAUAGGUGUAGCUAUAGCAAUUUAGUUAUAUUUGACAUAAUAAAUAUAAGAAACAUUAAUAACACAGAAGACCAUUCAAUUUUUCAUAAGUUGCCUAUUCCCAAUAUAAUAUGAAGGGACUCAAAAUAAAGUGUACUUCUUACAAGAUGUCAAAAAAUUACCAUGGCUGUAGGGGGAAAUGAUUGGUGUACUUGUAGGUGCUGGACAAAAGGGGCGGCAGGAAGUUGUCUGCAAAGUUUAUGUUAAUACAUGGAAAACAUGAUAAUCUGGUCAUGAAUGGUUCAUUAAGUGGAAGCUUAAGUUAUAGGCUAGGGAAAAAUCUAAUGAAAGAUUUAAAGCAGGCCUGCACAACAUACGGCCCCCCAGUAUCCACUUGGCGGCCCGCAAAGUGACGAAAUAUUCUUUAUUAUUAUUAUUUUCUUAAUAGCUUUCGCUCCUGUCCUAUUAACUUUCGGCCUGCACAAGUUUUUCAUAAAGUAUUAUGGCCCGCCUUACAUUUUGAGUUGUGCAGGCCUGAUUCAAAGUAAUGCAUCUUUCUUUCUAGCAAAUAUUAAAUGACCCAGCAGUCCUUCUGUAUUGUUAGAUUGAUCGGUACAAUGAAUAGCAAAUCUAAAUUUGAUAGUUGAAAAUAAGUGGGUAGAGACAAGGAAAUGGAUGAUCAGGUUAAAUGAUGUAGUUGUGUCUGUGUUAUUAGAGACCAAGGGUAGUCAACAGUUCAUCAAGUUAUAGAGUUACCUUAGGAAUUUCUAUAUUUAGUCAUCAUUACAUAUUUUCUUUAAUAAAUUGCUGAGAUUUUUGUUCAAACCGGUUUAGUUUUGUAUCAUAUUGUAUGCUUUCCCUGUUAUCUUUAUGCCUGGAUAACAUUGGUCACUAUAUUCCCACGUCUACCUUUUUCCCCACAAACCUCAUUGUACAUCCAUUCAGUGACACAAGAGCACAAUGAAAAGAUAACUGUUUCUCAAUUAAAAUAAUAAAAUGUUUCCAUUCCACAUAUAAGUACAACAAUUUGAUUUCUUUGGAUUGUUAAUGUUACUCUAUUUUAUUCUUGCUGAGUUUGCAUUGUCUAUAGAAAAAGUGAGAGCAAUCGCACAUUAUUUUUAUGCUGAAUUAUUAUUUCUACAUCAUUUUGACAAUAAGUAAUAUUGAUCUUUUAAUCUCAAAUAAGAGCUUUCAAAAUUCCAACUGUGUUCUUAUUCAUCCUAAAAACCAAUGGAAAACAUUUUAAAGUAUUAGCCUGCAUAAAUGGGAUAACAAAUAAACUAGGUAAUUAAAAUUGAGGAUCUGUAUUUUCUACUAUUUUAUUUCAGGUUUAAGGUUGAUAUGACUGGUUACCCCAUCAUCAACAGAAUCCAUGAUGCCCUGGUCCAGUUACCAGCAUUCAAAGCAGCAGAUGCAUCUCAGCAACCUGAUACACCAGAGGAGAUGAAGAGCACUUAAUUAAAGAAGUGUUGUGAUUGUUGAUUCCCAACAUGUUAUUAUCAUUGUUUAAUUUUAUACCUCACUUACAGCCUUACUUGAUUACUCACCCAAAUUUUGAUGUUCUUGCUAAGUAAUGCUUGAUCAAAUAAUAUGUACCGGUAAUAUUGUAAUAUCGUAACAAAUUAAUUUUUAAUUUUAAGAUUUAUGUCAUAAUUAUAUUAUGAACCUGAGGGAAAGGUUGUUUCAAACAUUUAGACCAAUAUGUUCUGUUUCAGUCACACUUCCUUUUAUUUGUCAAACUUGUGGGCCUAAUUAAAUAAAUUUUAUUCAACUCAA